AUGCAUGACUGCAUGAGAAGCCCUCCUUUCUGCUAUUGGCAAGAAGGUAUGAACUACUGGAAUACAGACUGCGGAAACUACUACGGGGCUAUAAUUUACUUCUGCUCUUUCUACCUUAUUAUAACCUAUAUCGUAAGAAACCUGCUAGUGGCCAUCAUCAUGGAGAACUUCUCCUUAUUCUACUCAAGCGAAGAGGAUGCUUUGCUCAGUUAUGCUGACAUUCGAAACUUCCAGCUAGUUUGGAACAUGGUGGACCGCGAGCAGAAACGAUCGAUACCGGUUGGCAGAGUCAAAUUUCUGUUAAGGUUGCUGAAGGGUCGUCUAGAAGUGGAUCCAGACAAAGACCGGGUCUUAUUCAAGCACAUGUGCUAUGAAAUGGACAAACUGCACAAUGGUGACGACGUUUCCUUCCACGAUGUGCUUUACAUGCUCUCCUAUCGCUCUGUUGACAUUCGUAAAUCGCUGCAGCUCGAGGAACUUUUG